GAAACGAACCGGCGGGCGACCUUGGAAGGGUUUAACUUUUUAACGUGCCAUUAAGUUCGGGCAUUUAGUACUUUAAGUUUGAUAUGCUAGUUUAUAUGUCGUUUGCCUAAGUCAGCAGUUUAUUUAUUUGGCAGUGAUAUUUCCCUGGUUGGUAAUGAUCUGAAAAUUAUUCUAAUACAGUAUAUUCUGUCAGCCUUAAAAUGAUAUCCCUUCAAAGUUUGGGAUUCUACGAAGACAAAUAACGUGUUGGAAACUGUUUUUCGAGUGAUUCACUAAUAGUUUAUAUAUCAUCAGUCUCAACAUCCAAUAUAUAUAUACAUAUGAACGACCAAGAGUUUACAUCAUGUCUUAUGAGUCAUCACCGAGCGACACAUGUCCCCCUAAUAGUGACAGUUUUACCUGGAAGGUGCUGAAAUACUGGAAGGAUUUUAGAUCUGCAUGCAAAACAUUUUGCAACAUAUCUAAUGAUGAAAAUCAUUUAGACACUGUAACGAAAUUUACUGAAGAUGAAUUUUCCAAGCUAAUCGGUGUGAUACUUGACCGUUUUAUCACGUCAUCUAAGGCUACGCUCGUAAAUUCUGACGGGAUAAUAUCUUACUAUUUUUUCAAAGCAUUACUCAAUUCGCAUAAAUGUAUCGAAAGUGAAUCCGAAAAGGAUAUAAUAACUGAUGAGCAAAACAGUUUGGCACAAAACGCUCUUAAGAUUUUUUUCUCUCAAUUCUUUUUUAAGAUUGGUUGCGUUCUGGAUAGAGCUUUAGAGGAUUCUGAAACUGCUAAGGCAUUUCCAAUCUGCAUUUGCAUUGAAUUUAUAUCCGAUAUACUAAAGGACAACUCAUCAACUGUGCUACUACUUCAUCAUCUUAGCGAAUUAUGGAACAAAUUAGGAAGCAUAAUUAUGAAACUCGUUGAGCAUAUCAUAGUCGACCAAAAUGGUAAAGCUAAUAAUGAUCAAGAAGUUUUUCUUUUUGAAGUUUUUCGUCUUUGGAGAUCCGCUCUAAAAGCAUGCACGACAGUUGAUGAUAAAAAGAUGGAUAAUACACAUGAUUGUGUAUUUACUGUUUUAGUUGAUGUUUUACAUGUUUGCUUAAUUGAAUACUUCACAAAAUAUUCAAAAUUCCUCGUGGAUGUUUCUUCAUCGAUUUGGCCAGUCUUUUUCAUACGCAGUUUGCGCACGCUGUAUAAACUUGUGUAUAAAUCCGAUCAUUUAUGGGUCAAUAAUCUACAUCCUAUAGUGAACAAACUUAUAUACGAAUUACUGUGUUCAUACUCCCGUUCACGAAGGUCUAAAAUAGAAAUCUCUGAUUCCAACACUUUUUGUGAUUGUCUGGUUACUCAUAUAGUGCGUACUAUAAAAGCUCAAAAGAUUAAAUCUGAUGAAGUAUCUUUGCUUGAACCAGAUACUUGUUUAUCUCUGCGCAUUAUUAUUCUGUGUGGUCUCGAAAGUGCUUUGAAAUUAGAUUCUAAUGAUCUACAACUUUGGUCAAUAUUAAGCUCUAUUCAUGAAUUAUUAAUGGAUAUUGAGUUGGGUGAAUCAAAUAUGGUACAUAGCUAUGAAAAUUCAAUAAUUAUCUUAUUUUCCGAGGAUGAUGCACAACUUUUCCGAGUAUUGGACCUAUGGAUACAGAUUGAGGACCAUAUCAAAUCUACAGAGUUAUAUCAGCAAACGACUCUCCAUGCUGUUCCCAAUGCCCAUUGGUUGUUUGCUUAUUUGGCGAAAUCUGUCGGCUUUUCGUCUUAUUUAUUCAUUGACUGGUUGGUAUCUCCUGAAACUACCUGUUUAUCUUACUUAGUUCACUACUUGAGAAGAUUGAGCACUGAUGAUGAGCUUAUUUGCAAUCCAAAUCAGUUCGUUAGAAGUGCAGUAAUAAUACAUUCUUGGCCAUUACAAUCGCUUAUAAACAUGUUAAGUCAAAUUUCGAAAAGUCUCAAAACCUUGAAUCAAUACAAAGGCAUCGCAUUUUGCCCUACGCCGCUUAUCAAUCGCAUUAAUCGUUCUUUGUCUGUUUUGAAUAACUUAUGCCAUGUUAUGACACAAUGUUAACUUACUACAAAUAUUACGCAUAAAUCUUAUGCAU